AACAAAUGUUUUGACGCCACCGCUGGUGACGAAAACAACGCAAAACAAAGAACAGCUGCAAUCGUCGUUUGCACAAAACAGGCCAAUCGCUACCUUAUCUCCCAAGGCUAGUGAUUGCUGGUGGUAUCGCAUUUGUUUAUUAGCAUUUAGAACUUUCCUCUUCGAAAGAGUGAAGCUUUCUCUCUACCUCCGUUCAAGUGCAAACUACGCCACGGAAGUUAACGCACUUGGCUAGACGCACUGCCAUUUGUCACUGCCAUUUACGCAGUAUUACGUAAAAUGGGGCUGCUGGGAGGUAUAAGGCCUCUGGCAGGACACCUACUCUUGCUCCUGCUCAUCACCGCCUGCAAUGGGCAAGUGUUUUACUACCAACCGGAGCAGGUGCACCUGUCCUUCGGCGAAUCACCGCUCGAAAUUGUCGUCACCUGGAGCACCAUGACGGCGACGAACGAAUCCAUCGUCGAGUACGGCAUCGGAGGGCUGAUCCUGAGCGCUACCGGUACGGAAACGAAGUUCGUCGACGGUGGCCCUGCCAAGCGCACGCAAUACAUUCACCGGGUGGUGCUGCGUGACCUGCAGCCGUCCUCACGCUACGAGUACCACUGCGGCAGUCAGUGGGGCUGGUCGGCGGAGUUUUACUUCCACACCACCCCGGAAGGCACGGACUGGUCGCCGUCGUUGGCCAUCUUCGGCGAUAUGGGCAACGAGAAUGCACAGUCGAUGGCACGGCUGCAGGAGGACACCCAGCGCCACAUGUACGACGCGAUUCUGCACGUGGGAGACUUCGCGUACGACAUGAACACGGACGAUGCGCUCGUGGGGGAUCAGUUUAUGAACCAGAUCCAAUCGAUCGCCGCCUACACCCCGUACAUGGUGUGUGCGGGCAAUCACGAGGAGAAAUACAAUUUCUCCAACUAUCGCGCACGGUUCAGCAUGCCCGGUGGGACGGAAAACAUCAUGUACAGCUUCAACCUGGGACCGGUGCAUUUCAUCGGCUUCUCCACCGAGGUGUACUACUUCAUGAACUACGGGCUGAAGCCGCUGGUGAAGCAGUACGAGUGGUUGCGCCGCGACCUGGAGGAAGCGAACCGGCCGGAGAAUCGCAAACUGCGCCCCUGGAUCGUCACCUACGGUCACCGACCGAUGUACUGCAGCAACGAUAACGAUAACGAUUGCACCCACAGCGAAACGCUCGUGCGCGUGGGCCUCCCGUUCAUGCACUGGUUCGGGCUGGAGGAUCUGUUCUACGAGCACGGUGUCGAUGUGGAAAUUUGGGCCCACGAGCAUUCGUACGAGCGGCUGUUUCCGAUCUACGACUACAAGGUCUACAACGGUUCGUACGAGGAACCGUACCGUAAUCCCCGUGCCCCCGUACACCUCGUCACCGGUUCGGCUGGGUGCAAGGAGGGGCGAGAACCGUUCAUCAACAAAAUACCGACCUGGAGUGCGAUUCACAGCCGCGACUAUGGCUACACGCGCAUGAAGGCGAUCAAUGGAUCGCAUCUGUACUUUGAGCAAAUUUCCGUCGACAAGGAGGGGGCGGUCAUCGAUUCCUUCACCAUCAUUAAGGACGAACAUUUGCCGUACAAACAGUUGCUGGAGCGGGACGAGCAGGAGCGUUUGCGUGCGAAGAGCAGCGGCGGCGCUGAGGCGGAAGCGAAUCUCCUUUAACGCGCAUACGCACACACAAACACCAUCAUGCGUUAUAUUUUUCCACUUUUAUCCUAUCUUUUGCCACUACCAAAUAUGAAACUCCUUGCCGUUGUUCACAUUGCUACUAUGCAAGCGAUUUAUUUAGUGAUCAAAAUAAUACUUGAAACCACGCAAUAAACACAUCGGAGGAAUUACCUAUA